AUGCAGAAAUUAGGGAAGAAAAUAUUCAAGUCCAGUAGGAAGGGUAAUGAGGAGGACUUUCUCCUUAGUAUUACGGUCCAUCAGGUGAAGAAUUUGCGUAUUCAGCAUCUUAAGUCAUUCAUAGAGGUGUCUUUCGGUGGAAAAGUGAAAACUACUCGUGUAGCAAAAUCCUCCAGCAAUCCACAUUUUAAUGAGUACAUGGUCUUUGAGGCAAGAUGCACUCUGGACAGGCUUCUGACGAAAAGUGUCACGUUCAAGUUGUACCAUGAAGCGUGCUUGAGGCGCUGUUCAGGGGAGCUAGUGGUGGAUCUGGAUAGAGUGUGGAGGGCCGAUGGAAGAGGGUUUCGUGGUGUAUGGGGUCGCUUGGUGCCCCCUUCAGGGGCAAUUCCACCGGGUGAGAGGUCAGAUUCAUGUGGAAUUAUCAAAUUUGAUUUGGUUAUUGUUUCCGACAACACCAAGGCUUCCAAUCAAUUUGACCAUCAGUUGAGUCAAGUGCUGAAUCUUGAAACUGAUCGUCAGAGAAUUCUUCUCAAUUUUAACCUCUAUAGAGGAACCUUUCCCACGAUGCGUGACCAUUGUGUACGAUUAUCUCUCUGUGGAGUAGAUGUCUGUUCAAGAAUUGCAAGAAUGACUGAACAUCCUGAAUGGAAUCAGCAGUUUCAGUUUAUGUGGUUCUUCCCUGAACUAUGUGGGAAUUUUGGGAUAAAGAUUGAGUCUCCUUCCAAUCUAAAAUCCAAGACUAUUGCUAAAAUGAAUAUUUUUCUGAGGAAUCUCUCUCACAUGGUUGAUGGAGAGGCCACACUGCCAACUUUUGGGCCAGCCUGGUGGCAUUUGUACAAGAACCAAAAAUACAGAGGUAGGAUACUCUUCUCAAUUGAAGCCACUUCACAACCCCAAACGAGUCCUUUUAGUCGAUCCGUUAAAGUGAAUGGGAUUAACAGAUUCUUUGAGAACGAUUUCUGGACUUCCGCUAGGUUUAGAAUUCACCUAGCAAUUGUCGAGCUAGAUUUUCUUCAUUCUCCUUCAAGGCACAUUCGACUGAAGAUGGUUUGUGCUGAAGAUUCUUCUAUGUCUUAUGACCUCCUCUGCACAGCCUAUGACUCCUGCAAUCUUUUCUUUCUCGAACUAUCGCAAAAAAUCCCAACCGUCUCCCUAAACCUAAUUCUUCCGGAUCUGAGACAUGUUCUUAGGGAUGAAAUCCUAAUUAGAAACUUCACCUCUCAAUUGACCUACAAACUUACAAGAAGCAAUUUAAUUGACUUCCUGGAAAAUAAAGGAGAUUCCCAAGGAAUAGUUAUGGAGUUUCUCGAGGACACGGAAGUUUCUCUGAAAUCUCUCAAGAAAGUUCUUUCAGUGGCGGAUGAUGGGGAGACUCUGAUGAAGUGGCAUGUCAACUUUAGAGCUCAAAUUGUGGCUUCGCUGGAGAAAUUAAUUGAUGAGAUGAAACAUGCGAGGGAAAAUAUUGAUUUGACUUUGGUUGCAAAAUUUCUUGAUAAACUCUUGCAAAAUUUGCAUAACAUUGCCAAAAUGGGAGUUACAAAGUGGCCAGAUUUGAUGAUUAAGCUCGAGGAUGAUCAGGGACGGGAAUUUGGGGUACACAGGGUUGAUUUGAAGGAUAUUGUUUAUUUAAAUCAGAAGUAUGAGGGAGGAUAUUUGUGUCGGAAGAGACAUAGUGUUAUCUUUAAGAACUCACAAUGUCGUCACGAAGAGACUUAUUGUGGAUGUAUAUCCGGCCAUGGAGAUGUCAUUCUCUGGAUGGGAGGAGAGAAAGAGGACUCAGAGUGGUGGCCGAAAGACUGGACGUACUCACCUACGUCCAGUUUCAAUUUUAUUGAGAGUCCUGUGAAGACCACUUUCAGAUGCACUAUCUAUCUCUAUCAGGCAAAAAUUGAACCUGGCCUGAACAGAUUAUCCCUCUACGAUACUUAUGUGGAUAUUUUCUUCAAUGGAAUCCAUGGGAAAUCCACGAUUCAUCACCAAAGCCUCGUUCCUAAUUGGAAUGAAGUAGUAUCUUUUGAGAAUAUUACACUAAACUGUGAAGGAGAUUCCUGUGUUCAGAAUCCUCCAAUACUCCUCUUUAAGCUCUUCCAUGGUGAUAAGAAAAAUGAUGAUUUCCUCGGAAUGGGAUACACAAUCCCAAGGGUUAGUUUAAAAGAUUCUCCUCAAUCUAAAAGCAAACUGAAGUGGAUACCCGUUGUAAGAAAUGGAAUAACAGUGGCACAAUUGCUCCUCUCAGUUGAUUUGGAAGAGACUUCUAAAGAGGAUGGUGAAAAGCUGGUCAAAGUGGAAUCACCUGUCCCAAAAGUAGUUGAUGUUGCAAUAGAAAAGUUCCAUUUAAUUUUCACCUGCUUCGGACUUCGUCUAAUGGACAAAAUUAAUAAGAACCAUUCUCAAAUCUUCUUGGAAUUUGGGAAUUCAACUCUCUCAAUGGGAUCAUGUUCCCGGAUUGUGGGAAGAAGCUGCAAUUUUGUAGAUUGUGUCAAAUCUUGCGAAGUCUAUCUUCCGGAAAAGCUUUCCUAUUGGCCUCCAAUUGUCCUGAAACAUCGAAGGGAAAAGUCUGCAAAAUUAAUUGGCAUCACUGUUAUUUCCAAUACACAGCAAUUCUUCAGGAAAAAUCAACUAUGGACAACUCACAAAGAGAAUUCCGUGAAAUUGGGUGACCUUCCUGAGAAAAAAGCAUCAAAAAUAGCCAAUGACGAGAAGGUUGAAGGUGUAGGUCUGAAUUUUGCCAAGAGCUUCAUAAAGUCCACAAUGUCGAGGUUUCUCAAUUAUGGGACUCAGGUGGAAGAAGAUGUUACUAAAAAUAUGGAUAUUGAACAGGGAAUUCCCAAAGAAAUACCCACAUCCGUGAUACCAACUGAUAUUUCUCAGAAACUCACGUGGUGGUCAAAGUUCUUCAAUUCUCUCGAAGAGAACAGUGAGAAUUUUAGUGAAUCAAUUCACAAGUUGAAAAUCUAUCAAUCAGAAUUGGAAAAUCAGCCGGAAUUCGGACAUUUCCGUGAUUGGGCAGAUGUCUUUGAGAUGGGCAGAGCACGUAAGCAAAGCGGUGAUGGAUUGAAGAGGCAGAAAUAUUGUUUCCUUCGUGGUCACAUUGAAAUUCUCAAAGAUUCUGAUCCGACAUUCAGUGAGAGACUUGCAAAGUAA